CGCCGGUGCCUGCGCACUUCCAUACCAGUCCGUGUAGUGUGACGCUGGGCCCCGUCCCUGUAGCCAAGCCAGGCUCGGAGCUGCAGAGAAUCUGGAAUUUUGGGCUCCAGGCUGGAAGGCCGGGGAGAGGCCAGCGUGGGAGGACCUACUGGGAAGUGGGCGACAUCACGAACCCCGCGCGGAGCUGCCCAGCUGCUGCCAGAUCCUGCGGCCCUGCGGCCUUUUCUACUGCGGACUACGUUUCCCAGCGGCCCCCGCGAGAGCUGGGCCGGCUGCCCCUUUGUGUCCUCCGGCAGCGGAGGCAGCUGAGGCGCUUCUUUCUGGGCCCGCGGGUGCUGGGUUCCCUCCAACUCAGGUCAUCUGAGGCCACUGCUAUUCCCCAAGAGAAGAGCCAGGAGGAAGGAAGAAUGGCUGUUGGGCUUCUUAAAGCCAUGUACCAGAGUUCAGCUAUGCAGAGUAUGGGCACAGAGUGAGCAGAAAGAUGGCUGCAGUUUAACCAAGAGUUGGUGACCUUCAGAGAUGUAGCUGUAGACUUCUCCCAAGAGGAGUGGGAUUGUCUGGAUCCUUCUCAAAGACAUCUGUAUAGUAAUGUGAUGCUGGAGAACUACAGGAUCUUGGUAUCACUGGGACUUUGCUUUUCCAAACCAAGUGUGAUAUUAUUGUUGGAACAAGGAAAAGCACCCUGGAUGGUGAAGAGAGAGCUGACAAAAGGCUUAUGCUCAGGCUGGGAGCCUCUAUGUGAGACUGAAGAAUUAACCCCAAAGCAGGACUUUUAUGAAGAACAUCAAUCUCAGCAGAUAAUAGAAACACUCACAAGGUACAACCUUGAGUACGCCAGUUUGAGAGAAGAGUGGAAAUGUGAGGACUAUUUUGAGAGGCAACCAGGGAAGCAGAAGGCAUGUUUCAAGGAAGAGAUAAUCACUCAUGAAGAAGCCCUUGUCGAUGAAAGAAAACAAGAAUAUAAAUCUUGGAGAAGUUUUCAUCAGAACCCACUGCUUUGUGCACAAAAGAUAAUCCCCAAAGCAGAGAAAGUACAUAAACAUGAUACACAUAAGAGAAGCUUUAAAAAAAAUUUAAUGGGUAUUAAGCCCAAGAGUGUCUGUGCAGAGAAGAAACUUUUGAAAUGUAAAGACUGUGAAAAAGUCUUCAGCCAGAGUUCAUCCCUUACUCUUCAUCAAAGAAUUCACACUGGAGAGAAACCCUAUAAAUGUAUAGAGUGUGGAAAAGCCUUUAGCCAGAGAUCAAAUCUUGUUCAACAUCAGAGGAUACACACUGGAGAAAAACCCUAUGAAUGUAAGGAAUGCAGGAAAGCCUUCAGUCAGAAUGCACACCUAGUUCAACAUCUGAGAGUUCAUACUGGAGAAAAACCUUAUGAAUGUAAGGUAUGUAGAAAAGCCUUCAGCCAGUUUGCCUACCUUGCUCAACAUCAGAGAGUUCACACAGGAGAGAAACCCUAUGAAUGUAUUGAAUGUGGGAAAGCAUUUAGCAACAGAUCAUCCAUUGCUCAACACCAGAGAGUUCAUACUGGAGAGAAACCCUAUGAAUGUAAUGUGUGUGGGAAAGCAUUUAGCCUUCGUGCAUACCUUACUGUACAUCAGAGAAUACAUACUGGAGAGAGACCCUAUGAAUGUAAGGAAUGUGGGAAGGCCUUCAGCCAGAAUUCACACCUUGCUCAACAUCAGAGAAUUCACACUGGAGAAAAACCUUAUAAGUGUCAGGAAUGUAGGAAAGCAUUCAGCCAGAUUGCCUACCUUGCUCAGCAUCAAAGAGUUCAUACUGGAGAGAAACCCUACGAAUGUAUAGAAUGUGGGAAGGCUUUUAGCAAUGACUCAUCCCUUACUCAACAUCAGCGAGUUCAUACUGGAGAGAAACCUUAUGAAUGUACCGUUUGUGGAAAGGCUUUUAGUUACUGUGGAUCCCUUGCCCAACAUCAGAGAAUUCAUACCGGAGAGAGACCCUAUGAAUGUAAGGAAUGCAAAAAAACCUUCAGGCAGCAUGCACACCUUGCUCAUCAUCAGAGAAUUCACAUUGGGGAGUCACUGUCACCACCCAACCCAGUCAAUCACCAAGUCCUAUAGAUCCUGUGUCCUAAAUAUUUCUAGAAUUUAUACACUCUUUUUUUAUCUUUAAUAUUGUUACCUUGGUCUGAUUUCAUCUCACUUUGAUUACUAAUAUAGCUUUCAAACAGG